GUCGCGUUAUGUUGUUUAUGUGGAGGUGAAGAUACCAUGCUGCUGGAUCGUCCUCGCUCAUCCUCUCCGAAAGCAAUUUCAUUGACCUCGAACAUCCGCUCAGGACCGAGCUUGCGUUGAACCCUCCGCGAGAACAUAUACUUCAGGACGGCGGAGCCAUGUCUCGCGUGCGGCUGCGUCAUACCUGAGCAAUGUCGACAUUCAAUCCUCUCAAUUCCACCGCUGCCAACACCCAACCGCCGUCAUCUUCUCAAUAUCUUUCGUCGCCGGAGAACAUCCGCUCAAUAUUUUUCACAAACCUCAUCCUCCUUGGCGUACAGGAGCAUGCUUUAAAGCCCUCAUCUGUCUCUUCCCCGCCGACCGAUACGCCUCAGGAUCUCGCAAGGUCGCGUAAUGCUUCGUCUCAAAUAUCUUCAGGAACAUCUCGACCACUAAACCAGCCAGCUCAACCAUCAAGGCAACAGCAGCACUUCAUCAUCAACUCGCGUGGCUAUGGAAUCAAUACUUCAAAACCACUAGAGCUUCACAGGCACGUAUUCGCAAGGGGACAUCAAUCCACUAAGGCUUUGGAGUUUGUGCUUUGGUUUCUAUUCACGAGGUUGGAUAAGGCACAGGCGCAUGAUCGAUUUAAGGAAUGCUGGCCAAUCCUGGAUCGGCACGACGCAAGGGAGUUCAGGAACGUGGCUUUCAAGUGGUUGGAUGAGCUGAGGAAAGAGGGUUGCUUCGGGAUCGGGCACAAUAUCCAUCCGUCCAAUAACCAGUCCACUGGCCUGGGUCUGCUCUUGCAUACGAUCAGGAGGAGUUAUUUGGAUGACUCGAUCGGGGACAGGACAGAGCAGCUGGUCCUGGUUCUGUCCACGUAUGUGCUUUCACGGGUCGUUAUGGAGGAGAUUGGGCAAUCGCAACAUGCUCAAGGGCAGGAGAGAGCGGUUCAAGAGGAUGAGGACAGGACGUUGUCGGACCUUGUGAGCCAAGCACCGGAGACUCCGCAGGAUGAAGAGACUCUUAUGGAUAUGAUCGAUUCGCAUAUUGUAAGGCGAUCUCGGUUUUUCCUCCAGAAUAUGGAGCAGCAGAGAAGUAUUCGGCAAUCAUGGAGUGCUAUGAGCAAGGACAUGACUGAGAAACUGGAGACUUAUACAAAGGAGCUGGUAUGUUGUUUUCGCCUGAUCAUGAUUUUUUAAGACACCUUGGUGCGGACUACAUAAGGAGCCAUUACUGA